CUGUGUCCCAGGAGAUCUGUUCCAUACAGGCCCUGGUGGACCGCUCGCGCUCGCGGCAAUUUGAAGCCGCUUAUAAUUUAAGGACAAUCAUCUCAUAAUGGCAACAUUACAGCAAAGACCGCCGAGAUCAGCGCUCCCUGGCAGAGAAAUCCGGCCAUUUCCUGCAAGAAAUCCGUCUUAUAGAGCGCUCAGCAUUAUAGAUGCAUACAACACUGAUGAAUUGCCACCGCCGCUUCUUGAGAACGAGGAAAACCCUCCAGCCGUGCUACAGAGCAUUCAAAGACUUCACAGCAAACAUGAGACAUUGAAUGAAUCUUACGCGUCCAGCUUUGACAUCGACGAAGCUUACGGGUCUGGAGAGGCUGAUCUGAACGAAGACGAGAUGGGCGACGUCAUCGCUCUAGAUGAGUACGACCCGUACAGGCCGAUCUCACCACCGCCGCGGACUAGCAGCAGGCAACCAAAGACGGAGGUCCGCAUGGUAAAUGAUGAAGUCAAACCUGAUGUACCACCAAAGGCCAACCAAUACCAAGAUGUCUCUGAUGCAUCCAAGGCGCCGCCUCCACCAGCAAAGGAUGUUCGGGGUCUCAACUCCCGCUCUGAGACUGCUCUGGCCAUGUUGAAUGACCCCGCGAUUCAGCCAGCUUUGCCUCCAAAGGACGAGCCAAAGCCGGGUGGCUUCCUUGCUGCGGCGUCCAAAUCGGCAUCACAGCUGAGCUUAGUCAACACACCUCGCUCUGCAAACAUAGAAAAGGCCCUCCCAGGCGUUCCGCGGAAGGAAGUUGUGAACAGUCCUGCAGUGCCCAAGAAAGACAUCGUGAACAGCCCUGCCGUACCUCAAAAGGAUGUCGUGAACACUCCGAACGCCCCUGCGAAAGAUGUUCCCGGGCCGACUGUGCCAAAGAAAGACCUUGAGGAUGGCCCGGUGCCUCCAAGGAAACAGGUUGCGAACAAUCCAAUUGAAGGUGCUUGGAUGGAGCGCAGACGGUCGAAAGCGCUUCCUGGGUUGCCGAGUAAGCCGAACGUGGAUCUGACCUCCAGAAAAGACUCCAUGAUAUUAUCAGACAAAGACGGAGAUGAGUCGGUGACGGCGAGUCCGCGGACGAAGCGAUCGGCGACAUUGUCGAGCGACUUGAAUAGUCCAAGGCCUUCGUUUGAGGAGGCCGCUGCUCGAACAAAGAAAGGCAUCACUCGCACUGGCAAGCCGGCUUCUCUUAGUCUUACCAGAAGCAACGGGUCCACGGCAGAGUCUAUCGCACAGCCAGCGUUGGAGUCACUGCGCCCGCCGGCUCGAGCUGUCUUGCCCUCGACCAAGUUGUCGCCCGUCAGUCAGCUCCUGGAGGACACGUCAUCGACAGCAACCGUGACGGCCACCGCACCUGCCCAGGACGAUCAGCCUUACGUGGCGCCGAACGCUGUGACAUCGAUCGCCCACGACAACUCUAAAGCUGCACCGGGCGAUCACCGACGCACUUCCAUAGACCACGCAUCGCUUGCGGACGACGAAUCGCCCGCAAGGCCAGACAUGCACCGUAUUAAGAACCUUGUCAAACGAAAACCUGUCGGUGCUGGCAAAGAAAACAACAACCAGCCUCCAACUUCUCCGGCCACUAAGUCAGUAACAAAGGCCGGUCCUCCGCUUCCUGCAAACCCCUACCCGGUGUCAAGACACGCACGCAAUAGCUCGUACGAUGCUACUCUUAGUCCUACUUCUAAUCAGUCGCUGGAGGCUUUCCCGCCUUUGGAGACCCAGACGUCCAGCACCACUGCCAUACUGGCGCCGGAGGCAGAGCCCGCGCAGCCUUCUACACCUCCUGUGCUGAGAUCACCGACACCACUAUCCCAGCUGGAUGUCAGUCCAAGUAAAUACGCCGCAAACAAGAAACCCGAGAGCGACCUGCGGACCGUUGAUGAAGAGCGGCAGUCUCAAGUCCUCGGUCAGGGUGCCAGCGGCCUUUUGAAGUUUUUUGCUGCCCAGAGAUCAUUGCAGGACAACUUCUCCAAAGAUACACCAAGCUCACCAAUUUUCAAUCCAAGUGCUGUUAUCGACAACGAGUCGAAAAGAGCGAGCUUUUUCCACGCUUCGCUUCUUGAACAUAUCAAAGAGCGUCCAAGCAGUUCAAAUGCGCCACAACUGAGCACGACCCAAUUGCAUUGCCAUACUGAUCAUGGUGGAAAAUGGUUCACGAGCGCCAACACGGUACAUCCUAUCAACUGUUCAGUUUGCGAUGUGGAGGGCGGGCCCAGGUUGACCUGUUCGAGUUGUGGGCUGCGCGUCUGCCAAGGUUGUUAUGAAGAUAUUAAGACCAGGGCAGAGAAUACGGGGUUUGGCAAAAGUCUGAAGGCCGCAAAGGAGGAGACGGAACGAAUGCGUGCGGAGUUCGCAGCACGCCGUGCUCGCACUAACACUGGUGUCACGGAGAGAACAGUAACACCCUCACGCCCUGGUAGCCCUGGCGUCUAUCCUACCGAAACAGACUCACCAUACGCAAAUCAACUCGGCGCCACGUCCACUCAGUCGCUACCGGGAAUCAUGCGCCCGCGUCCCAGCCAAGGUGACUUGAGAGGACAACAGUACCCUCCUUCCGCUUGGAAUCGCAUGCCUGUACCUCCCUACGGCCGUGCACCACCCCGUCGCCAGCGCCUUAGCGUGGGCAGUAUGCAAGCCCCUGAUGUACCGCCUACGCCACGCAUCCCAGACCAAUACAUAGGUGACCGAAAUUCAAAUCUUUCAAUACCUCGCAGCUCGAACGGUUCUGAAAUGGAGAUGAGAGGGCGCACUGGUCCCAGCCCUGAGCGUGGUGCUCGUUAUGGAAGUCCGAUGCGUGGACCACAGAGUUCGAGGUCAAGGAGCAGACCACGUGCUCCUAUGCCGAUAGAUUAUGACCCUAUGGCAGAGAUUCGUAGAGCCCCAACCGGGCCAUAUCCAGAUAUAAGAGGCACCGCCAUGCGGUAAGAGUUUGAAAGCAUCGACACAAGGGUGCAAUUGGAGCCAUGAUCGACGGAAGAGACGGGGAUGAACUUGUCCAAAGAAAAAAGCCUUUAGGGCAUGUUUGAGAUGUACUCGAAGCGAAAAGUAAUAUUUUGGGCCUUCGAGUUCUCACCUGCACCAGUACAGAGCUUGGGAAGAUUCCAUUCACACUGGCGAAGGAAGGUCACAUAGUAAUUGAGUUGGGAAUCGGGUGAAAUGGUCUUUGUUUAGAACGUGGCAACAAGCGAUGGUCAUUCUGGUGAUACCCUGUGUAGAAGCAUUCUGUGCCGCUUAACGAGCAUUUGAACAAAGGGAAUGAAUGGAACGAGGCAGAAACGGAAAGAACGUGCCAGGAAAAAAAGACCUGGGUAGGGAGAUUCUUGAACGAAAGUCCCACAUUUUUGUGUUCAGUUGUGCGCCUGACAGAUAAAUGGUUCAUGGCAAGGGCGUUGCAAACGGAGAUCUCAUCAAUAUCUACUGUAUCUCUAAUGCUCUGUGUUUACCUCCCUCUC